CCGUGGCCAUGAAGGAGGAGAAGGAACAUAGGCCCAAGGAGAAGCGCGUAACUCUGUUAACGCCCCCGGGGGCUACAGGCAGCGGCGGCGCGGCUUCGGGGGAAAGCGGCAAGGGAGAAGAUAAACAGGAUCGCAAUAAGGAGAAGAAAGAGGCUCUGAGCAAGGUGGUAAUUCGAAGAUUGCCUCCCACUUUGACCAAGGAGCAGCUUCUCGAACAUCUUCAGCCUAUGCCCGAGCAUGAUUAUUUUGAGUUUUUUUCUAAUGAUACUAGUCUGUAUCCUCAUAUGUAUGCCAGAGCAUACAUCAACUUUAAAAACCAAGAGGACAUUAUUUUGUUCAGGGAUCGCUUUGAUGGUUAUGUAUUCCUUGACAAUAAAGGUCAAGAAUAUCCUGCUAUAGUAGAAUUUGCACCUUUUCAAAAAGCUGCGAAAAAGAAGACUAAGAAAAGAGAUACAAAAGUCGGAACUAUUGAUGAUGAUCCAGAGUAUAGAAAAUUUUUAGAAAGCUAUGCAGCAGAUAAUGAAAAAAUGACAUCUACCCCAGAGACACUGCUAGAGGAAAUAGAAGCCAAAAACAGAGAAUUAAUAGCUAAAAAGACAACCCCACUUUUGAGCUUCCUGAAAAACAAGCAGAGAAUGAGAGAAGAAAAGAGAGAAGAAAGAAGGAGACGAGAAAUAGAAAGAAAAAGACAAAGAGAAGAAGAGAGGAGGAAAUGGAAAGAAGAAGAGAAACGAAAAAGGAAAGAUAUUGAAAAGCUAAAGAAGAUAGACAGAGUUCCAGAAAGGGACAAAAUAAAGGAAGAACCAAAGAUUAAGGUACACAGGUUUCUGUUACAAGCUGUGAAUCAGAAAAAUCUGCUCAAGAAGCCAGAAAAAGGAGAUGAAAAAGAAUUGGACAAAAGAGAAAAGCCCAAGAAAUUGGACAAAGAGAAUCUGAAUGAUGAAAGAGCCAGUGGGCAGAGUUGUACAUUGACCAAGCGUUCUGAUAGUGAACUUAAAGAUGAAAAGCCAAAGAGGCCUGAAGAUGACAGUGGCCGAGACUACAGGGAGAGAGAAAGAGAUUAUGACCGAGAUCAAGAGCGCAUCCUUCGGGAGAGAGAGAGACUGAAGCGGCAAGAAGAAGAACGCCGUAGGCAGAAAGAGCGCUAUGACAAAGAGAAGUCUUUUAAAAGAAAAGAAGAAGAAAUGAAAAAAGAAAAAGAAGCACUUCGGGAUAAAGGAAAAAAGAAUGAAAGUACUGAAUCAAUAGGCAUCUCAGAAAAGACUGAAAAAAAAGAGGAAGUGGUUAAGAGAGAUCGCAUAAGAAACAAGGACCGUCCAGCAAUGCAGCUUUACCAACCAGGAGCUCGAAGCCGAAAUCGCCUCUGUCCCCCUGAUGACAGCACCAAGUCUGCAGACCUGGCAGUAGAAAAAAAGCAGGAAAGUGCUAUUAGCCAUAGAAAAGAAGGGGGCGAGGAGUGAUCAAUCCAAACGGCCUUCGGUGUCCUGACUGUCUAGGCAGCCAAAGAGCACGAAUUAAGCAAGCCAGAAGUGCCUUCAGGGCAAAGGAAUAGAGAGAGAAAGGGGGUCGCUGUGCUAGUGGGGUCCAUUGAAGAGGAGUAUGUUUUGCAUCAAAGCAAGAAUCAAGAUUGCAGGUUCAGAAUUUGAAAUACAAUUUCAUUGUUUAUGCCGUUUCUACAAAUUCAUUUUCAAAUGUCAGACAAGAUGAGGGAGAUGACAUGCAUUGCUAGCAUUUGCAGGCUAGCGCUGUCAAGGGAGCCCAACUGAGAGAGCAGAAUCUCAAAACAAAAGGUUCUGUUAAUCCUGAGUUGAGUUUUCUGAAUUGUAGUAGAGCAGAGUCAGUUUGAAGUCUUUUUCAGAUUUAGUUAUGUCUUUGGUGAUAAACUGUUGAAUCUGUGUAGUGUAGCACCAACAAGCAUGUAAUUGUAGUACAAAGAUGGUGACGGAUUUAAGAAAUGUUUGCUGAUGCAUCAAUUUAAACAGUCAUGUUAUGUCUCUAGUCUGUGCCCUAAAAUGUUAGGAUGCAUUUGAGUGUCUUCAUUGUUAAUGUGGGCUUAACAUAAAGAAUAUUUUUCACCAUCUCAGUUUGCCUUUAGCAUUUGUUAAUAUUGAUAGGUGAUACUGAGUCCUUGUUUGAUUCCUGACAAUCCAGUCUUUGUUUUAUCUUAGGUCUCAUGAUCUGAGUGCAUAUACUCUCCAAGAAGGCAACGUCACCAAUAUUUGUCUUGUUCCUGUUAAAUAUCAACUUUUAGCUUGUUUUGUAUUGGAGUCAAUAAAUUCGACAGCACUCAAA